AUGGUAUUUUCAACACUAUCAGCUUUGUAUGGAGGUUAUAAAGCUAUUGACGGUUUAACUGGUGGAGCUGUAUCAAAAGCUUUAAAAAAUAAUGCUGGAAUGCUUGUGGGAGCUGCUGCCAGAAAAUUAAAAUCUGAAAAGUUAAAGAAAUUAGGUAACUGGGUCGCUGACCAGUCGCAAAACCUUUUAGGUGAAGAUAAUGAAAUAUCUAAGCAGUUAAAAGAUUUUAAAGGUCAGCUGAAUGGCGAAGAGUUUAAAUUAAAUUCACUUAAAGAAAAGGAGAAACAGCCAGAAUAUCCACCAAUUGAGGCACCGCCGAUUAAUUCAGCACCUGCGCCAUCACCAGCACCAGCGCCAGUAACUGCAGUCGCACCAUAUGACCCUGGCGGUUAUGGAAGACCUUUUGACCCUAAAACAGGAGGUUCGAAUUGGUUCCAUUACGGUCGAAGAUAUAUUUUAGCUAAAAUCGCAAAAGCAAAGAAACUGUUAAAAACUAAAAAGAAACCAAGAGUUUUAAAGUAA